CUUCUUUCCUUUACUACUCCCCAAAUGGCAAAGUCUUGGUUUUUGAAAAGAUCUGUUCAAAUUUUGAAAAAGCCCUCACUGUUUAUCACUCUCUCGGGGAGAGCGGGACUUCAAAUGAUGGGGCGCGCCAAUUUUUCUUCGAUGCUCUAGGGUCUAAAUCAAUGGCUAUGGCUUCCCGCCAAAAGCCCAUCUCAAUUUUCACCAUCAAUACCCAGAUGGUUAAUCUGUAACCAUCUCUCUUUCCCUCCCUCUCUCCUGCUAAUUUGUUUUAUUUUAUUUUAUUUUUUGGGUAAUUUUUUCCUGUGAUUUUUUGUAUUGUAAAGCAGUAUAUACGAGUGUAAUUUGAUUUGGGUUAGGGUUUGAAUUCACAAUCCAUGGCAGGUUGGUCGAAGCUAUCUGAUGGGUCUGCUUUAGACAGCUUCAAAACCUUUCAAAAACUUCAAACCAAAAAGUUCUGUGUCGACGUCGAACUGGGUUCAAAAGUGUCCGUGGUAGGUGACGAGCAAAAGCUUCGACACUUGUUCGAUCAAUUCAUAUCUCUUUUCCUCAAAGAGAUCUACGGCAGUGAUUGUUCUUGGCCUUUACCUCCAAUGCUUGGUGAAGGGCAAUCUGUAAAUUUAUUCAAACUCUUCUUGUUAGUGAGAGAAAAAGGUGGGUACCAUACAGUGUCGAAGAAUGGGUUGUGGGAUACAGUGGCUACAGAGUCCGGAUUGGGCUCCAAUUUUGCUCCGUCUGUGAAAUUGAUCUAUGCUAAGUAUCUAGAUGUAUUGGAUAGAUGGUUGCAAGUAUGUUCCAAAGAUAAGGACUCAAAACGUGUGUUUCGAGAUAGUGGUUCAAAUCUGGGUGGGCUGUUGAUGGAGCUAGAGUCAGAAUUGGGAGGGUUCUUGUUAAAAGUUUCGGAUCAGGCAAAGAAAGAUGGGGAGUACCCACAUUUGGAUUUGGAGAAAAGUGAGCUGGAUUUUAGGAAUGUGGGAAAAUUUUGCAAUGGGGACGAGGUUUGGAGUUCUGCGGAGGUGGGUGGAGGCAAGAAAAAUGUUAAUGACAUAAAAAAUGUGGAUGAUGACAAAGAGAAUACGGUUUUGGAUCUAUGUAUGGUUGAGGAAGAGGUUUCUAAUAAGAAGAGAAAGCGAGAUUGCCAUUUGGGAAUGCUGAAUUGGGUUAUUGAGGUUGCUAAAGAUCCUGGCAAUCCAGAAGUAGGAUCCAUGCCGGAAAGGUCUAAGUGGGACUCUUAUGGGAGCGAGCAGUUAUGGAAGCAGGUUUUGUCGGCUCGAGAGGCAAUGUUUCUGAAAAGAAACGUUGAUUCAAGUGCUGAACAAUCCAUUUGGCAGAAGAAGCAGAAAAUGCAUCCGUCCAUGUAUGAUGACCAUACUGAAUCCGAGAGAUUAAGAUGCAGCCAGAGGAUCCAUACUGUGAAAGAGUGUCGAGCUUUCUUUUCUUUGAAAAAGUCUCAGUCACGAGCUUGUUCGGGCUCAUCCUCCUCAGGUACUCAGACUGACUCGGAGGAUGACAGAGAGUCCGACUUCAUGACUGCAAAUUCAGUAGUUGGUUUGUUGUUCGACAAUCAUAGAAGAAAGAGAAUUCCCGUGGGGCCAUAUUUUCAGGCAAAAGUACCAGAAUGGAAUGGUGGGACUUGUGAAAGUGACUCUAAAUGGUUAGGUACCCGGCUUUGGCCAUUGGAAGCUGGAGAGCACAAAAAAAUUCUAAUUGAAAGGGAACGCAUUGGGAAAGGAAGACAGGAUUCAUGUGGUUGCCAAUUCUCAGGUUCUGUUGAAUGUGUCAGAUUCCAUGUUUCUGAGAAAAGGAUGAAAUUGGAGCUUGAGUUGGGCUCAGCCUUCUAUCGAUGGAAAUUUAGUGAGAUGGGCGAGAAAGGUGCACUCUGUUGGACAAGGGAAGAAGAAAAGAAAUUUCAGGCAAUAGUUAGGUUGAAUCCUCCAUCUAUGGACAAGUGUUUCUGGGUUGAAAUGUUUAAGUCUUUUCCUGGCAAAAGCAGAGAAAAUUUAGUUAGCUACUACUUCAAUGUUUUUCUUCUCCAGCGGAGAAGUCACCAGAAUAGGUGCACCCCAAGCGAAAUUGACAGUGAUGACGAUGAAUCAGAGCUUGGAUCAUUAACUAACUUAAUUGGGCAUGAAGCAGUAAAGUCAUCAGACUCCAUAUUGCGUACUCCAAAAAAGCCACAUUUGAGUUUUAGAUAGUAGUCCUCGUAGAUGGAUUGGAGCUGCUCAAGUGUUUUUGAUUUGUAUUUUCCUGUUCUCAAGUUAUACUUCUGAUUCCUGUCCAUUGAUCAUGAUACAGACAUCUAAUACAGGUACUAUUACUUAUCAUACUCUUCUAUAUAAAGAAGCCAAACCAUGGGUAAU